AUCAGUCGUUUCUCGGCAGUCGUCGGCAGUGUAUCAUUGUUUUCAAAUAAAACUAUUAGUGGUGCUAUUACUUGAUUCGAAACUCUGCUUUGAAGCAGUUUGAUACCUAUCAUCGUGUUUAGAUUUUUUUAAGAAUUCGAAAUAGAGAUUAGCAAUAUGAGUAAAGCUUUGAAUGAAGUGUGUGAAAUGUUGGAUACCUAUGCGGGUCGGGACAAGAUUGUAAGGACGUUAUGUUAUACAACGAAGCUAGCUGCAGGAAUUUAUGCAGCCAAAGAUCCCGAUUUGUCGAAGAAAUUAGCAAUUUUCAGCUCCAAAAUGUCACAAACGAGAGCAACGCUACGAUUACUGGAUGACCUGCCCAUGAUUAGCUACUCGUUGAAUUAUGGCACCGGAAGCAAGGAAGCAGACCGUAUCAUGGGUAUCAUAGGAUUUAUUACAAACAUUAUCGAUCACCUGUACUAUCCGGUGGAUAAGAUUUGCUGGAUGAUCGAGUACAAACUGCUCGACGUAAAACAUCCCGCCAAAUGGGACACUAUGAACUCGAUACUGUGGGUUGCCUCCAUCUACCUGAACUUGAUGAAAACAAUCCGAAGCUAUACAGUUAUGGAACAACACAAAUCGCACAUAGACAAAUCGGAGAAUGAGUCCAGUCAAUCGUACAAAAUGCUGAUGAUGAAACAGCGUAUGGAGCUUAUUUCGAUCGUCCGAUUAUCGCUGGAUCUCGUUCAUGCUGGCAGCACCCUGCCGGGCGGCAUGCUGUGGGGAGGUAAAUUCGAAUCAUGGCAGGUCGGUCUCAUAGGAAGCAUUUCUUCUUUUAUCGGUUUAUAUCAAUAUUUUGCCAAAAAAAGAAUUAUCAGCAAAAGCUCUUAGACUUUGUCUGAAAAGACCUAGAUUACGAACUACUGAUAAACAGUUUAUUGUAGAUAGGAAUCACAGAAAGAGGAUUACUGAUACAAAUUAGGAUUGUUAAGAAUGUACACGUACCAAUAGAUAGCGUUUAACUUGUGCCUGUUGCUCGAACUCUGCUCUUGGUUUGUUCCGAGGCGCCAAGCGAAAAGUAUUGUUAUAGAACAACUGAUUGUUUGAAACGAAUACAUCACGAUACAGUACAUAUUUGCAAUGCUGAACAAAGCUACUUAAAUGUACGUUAAAUAGCAAAGAGGACUAUUCUGAGCAAUGGCCUCUCUAUAAAACGCAAAAUCAAAAUGAUACAUGAGACGCGGUACGGAUCGUAGGCGACUGUAACAGUCACUGCUUCGCAUUUUAAUCGAAAGGGACUAGUAAAUAUCUUCUCGACUCUAAGAAAUGGUUUCAAAAACUUUCAACGUUCGCAGGACCCCGUAAAUUAUUUAUAGUGAUCUAGUCGUUUCUAAAGUCGCCGGUCUCUACAAUUACAAUUCCGACUAGCAUUGUCGAGGGUUAGGACCCAGAAUCGAAUUUCCCAAUAAUGUUGUUACGGCCAAUACAACUCACCUAGGAGAGGAUUUGGCCAAGACACUCGAAAAUGUUAGUUUUUAAAUGCUUGUACUCGGGAGUUGUAACUGGUACCUAUAUAUGAAAAACUUAUACCGUUUCGGUUUUUAUUUAUGGGAACUCCUCCGUUUCAUUGACUGAAGAAUGAGAUUCUUUGGUGUAGAUUAUUGUUUUAGGAAUAUUAUAACCAAUACAGCAAACAUAGAAAUGCAGCAAAAUAAUCGUUGAUCGUUUUGUAAUCAAAUGUACAGCGAGGAUUCAUUGUGUGCCUGAAAAAUGUAAACCCUUUGAACAAGUGAAUAGUAAGAAUCGAAGUCCAUUUAUUCAUUAUUUAUUCAUGGAAACGGCCAUCGUAAAUUUAAUUUUAGCAUAAUAAUUUGAGAAAUAUCGGUACAAACGUUCAUGUUUCUUUUAUGAAAAGAAAAGACAAAAAUCAACCGCAUAAUUAUGCAUUCGUUUGAAGAGUACAUUUCGUCAGAACUUCAAACACACGACAUAAACUUUUAUAUGAUCAGCGACGUACUGCUAAGUAUUGAAAAUAUCAAACUUAGGUUGUGAUAAGCUUCUUAUGUCUAGGCUAUGGGUUACGGGACAUCUGUGAAAACAAAUGUUAAUAAAUUGAAAU